AUGAGUGCUUUGCUUAACAAAACAAUUGGAAUGUUUGAAUUAAACUUUUAAUCAUUUUACAAAAUAUCUUAAAAUCAAACAAUAAGCAUUAUUUCUAACUAGUUUUAAUAAGGUGUAUUUUUAACUAUUCCAUUACACUUGUAUUAUAGGAACUGCACAAUAGGAGAGAUUAUUUUAGAAAAAAAUUAAUUCAUUUAGUGUAGUUAAUGUGUUGAAGGGAGAUAUUCAUUAAAAAUUCCUGAUAUGCAGAAUAAUAUCAAUAAACUCGAAUGCGUAUCAUGUCCAGAAUAAGCUCAUUUCUGUUAAGGAUCUGAAAUUUAGUUAAAGGAUGGCUACUGGAGAGAGAGUAAUUUAACAGAUUAGAUUUACACUUGUUUAUUAGAUAGCUGUUCUUUUAAUAAUCCUCAAAGUAAAAAUGGAUGCCUAACUGGAUUUGUAGGACCUCUUUGCAAUAGCUGCGAUAAUAAAAAUAAGGUUUGGGGUCAAUAAUAUGGUCUUAAAGGUUAAAAUUGCUUUCCUUGCAGCUAACAAUUAAAUUAAAUAGCAUUCGCAUGCUUUUUUAUCAUUUUCUAUAAUUAUGAAGCUAAAAAUUUUUAAAUAAAUUUAAUUGCUGGUAACAAGUAACUUGAGUUCAUCUGCAAAUGA